GCAGCAGCAGCAACAGCGACACCAGCGGCGGCGGCGGUGAACCCGAAGACUCCGGCGGAGAGGCCGGGGGAGCUGGGGGCUCCGACGUCGACGGCGAGGAUAGCGGCGGCAGCGACGACGGCGAGUACAAAUACGACCCCGCCGAUACCCGCUACCCCCCGGGACGCAGGGAAAGAAACUUCUCUGGGGCGCCUCGAAGGAGGGCCCACUGCGCUACGGGCUGCAGCGCGGUCGCACCCGGAAGCAGACACGGGAGCUAGCGGAGGCCGAGAGGACCGCCGAGGGUGCCGCCGAGGAGGCCGCCGAGGAGGCCUUGCUGUCAACAGUCCUGGAGGUGGAGGGAGGCAAGGAGCUCGUCGCUGAUUAUCUCCAACGGUCGUUGGUGGAGGAGCACCAGAUGGAGGAAAUGGCCCUACAGGCUGAGAUUGAAGAGAUGAUGCUGCAGUCGGACGUGCCGGUGGAACGUCCUUUCAACAUCGACUGCAGCAACCCUGAGCUAAGUAUCCCCUCGCCAAUCGGGCAGAAACCUAACGAUGUAGAGGCUCUGCCGUUGACGUACGAGGACGUGAAAUGGUCUAAGUACAGGAAGCAGUGGGACGAGGCAAUCAAGAAGGAGAUGGACGGGCAUGAGAAAACAGGGACGUUCUCUAAAAUCGAGAAGCUCCCUGAAGGUCGGAAGGCAGUCAGUACGAAGUGGGUGUUCGAUUACAAGACUGAUGAGAAGGGGUUGAUUACCGACUUCAAGGCCCGUCUGGUUGCUCGUGGUUUUUCCCAAGUCCACGGACAGGACUACCACCACUCUUCAUCAGCGUGCCCAGCCGUUUCAUCGAUUAAGCUCGCGAUGGCCUUUGCCACAGAGGGCGGCCUACCCACACGCCAUUUCGACAUUAAGCAGGCGUACACGCACGCAAAGAUCCAGGAAGAACUCUAUGUGCGGAUUGCCGAUGGUAGUGGUGCCAUGGCUGGCAAGGUGCUCAAGGUAGAACGGGCACUGUAUGGUCUGAAGCAGAGUGGGCGUGAGUGGGGUUUUGAGGCUGCUAAUAUCCUGGUGGAUAGCGGGUACGAGCAGUGCAGGGCUGACCCGUGUGUGUUCCGUAAGAUCGUGGAUGGGAAGGUAGUGAGCAUCAUCGUGAUCUACGUGGACGACAUCAUGUACGUAGGGUCGGAAGAAGAGGGCGAGGAGUUGCUCACUUCCCUGCGUAAGACACUUCCUGUGAAGGAUUUGGGGGAGUGCACCUGGUACGAUGGAUGUGCGAUUGAAAGGGAUUUGGAGUUGGGAACGACCACACUGUCCCAGAAAGCGUACAUUGCAGGACUGAUGGACCGUUUUGGGAUCACGACGACCGCAUCCACCCCCGCUGACCCCAAUGCCGAUCUAGGGCCGAAGAGAGAUGACGAGCCCGGGGUGGAUAAGCCAGUGAGGCAGGCGAUCGGAUGUCUGAUGUGGCCUGCGACAUUUACGAGGCCGGACAUCGCCACCGCUCUGAACGCAGUGCAACGGAACGCUCAUGCGCCCACCAUGCGAGACUGGAAGGCGCUCGUGCAGAUCCUGAGCUAUCUCAACGCCACGAUGGACCUCGGCAUCACCUACGUUCGGGGUUCGGGGCUAGACCUAGAGGUGUAUGUUGAUGCCAGCUACGCCGACAGGGACACCGGCAGGCGUUCGGUGACGGGAAUAGCCGUAACUGUUGGUGGUACCGUGGUCAGCCACGCUAGCAAGACGCAGCGUAUCGUGUCUCUGUCGACCUCGGAGGCUGAGUACAUUGCAGCCGGGGAAGGCGUGAAAGAAGCCUUGUUUGUGCGUGCGGUGCUGUCUUUCAUAGCGCCUGAGACGAGUGGGGCGAAGAUCAAGGUCCUUGAGGACAACCAGGGGGCGAUAUCGUUGGUGCAGAACCCCUUUAGCUCGGCGAGGAGCAAGCACAUCGACGUGCGGUUCCAUUUCAUUCGAGAGCUGUUCAAGUCGGGCAGAAUCUCCGUCGAGUACAUCCCGACUGACGAGCAGCACGCCGACCUUCUCACCAAGGCUCUUGGUAGGACCAAACUAGAAGACCACCGGAAUGCUCUGAUGAACAUCCCGGGGUAGUGGUGUGUUUUUUUUGUUGUUGUUUAGCACUGGACUUUAUGAUCAUGGUACGUCACGCAGGAAGGAUUUACCGGCACGUCACUCGAGGUUGGAGCCUAGAAGCGCCCGUAGCGCUACCGAGAGAUGCGUAAUCCCCGUGCCCGGUACAAUUUGUCCUGCCUUGAUCUUGUCUUGGAAGUGCGGCCGUU